AUUUUUUAACAAACCCAGAAGGACCAAUCAACUCACAGUAUUAUUUCAAUCAGACGCCAUUUUUCUUUUUCAAUCGCCCAGACCCAGCUAACUCCAUUACCUGCAUACAGACGCAAAAAUGGUGGAUUUUGCUUUGUCUUUUGGCCUCCAUCCAUAUCCAUAUUCUUCCAUAGAAUAGACAAUAGACACAACAUCCAUCACGCGUUCCCAUUACCCCUGGACUCUCUUUCUAUCACAAUUCUGAACUGAUCACUUCUCAAUUCAUUAAAUUAAAGCGGCAAAGCAAGCAUCCCGUUGCUCUCCAUGCCUUAUAAAUAGACCGUAGCUUUUUGAUAUCCGAUAAUCUGAUUUCCAACCAACUCUUCCAGAGUUCCAGUUCCAAUUUCCAAGUACAACCACACACCAGUGACACCACUACCAUUCUUCAAUCUCUCUUCUUUUUCUUCUUACUCUUCUAAAACUCACCGUCGAUCAUAAUUCAUAAAGAGAAGAAGAAAACUGCAUUUUUUUUUCUUCAGUCUUGCUUUUGGUUUGCCAUCUGAAUUGUAAAUUCUGUUUCUGUAACAAGUACUCACCACCCAGAUCAUGGCACCUAAACUUGGUAGAGUUCCGAGCAUUCGAGAGAGGGUAGAGGACACCCUCUCUGCUCACCGCAAUGAACUCGUUUCCCUCCUCUCCAGGUACAUGGGACAGGGUAAGGGAAUUCUGCAACCACAUCAUCUAACAGACGAAUUAGCCAACGUCGUUGGAGACGAUAAAGGAAGGAAGAAGCUUACUGAGGGACCUUUCAGUGAAGUUCUCCGAUCCGCCCAGGAAGCUAUAGUGCUUCCUCCGUUUGUCGCAAUAGCGGUUCGUCCGAGGCCCGGUGUUUGGGAAUAUGUUCGGGUUAACGUCUAUGAGCUCACUGUGGAGCAGUUGAACGUGUCCGAGUAUCUUCACUUCAAGGAACAACUCGUCUGUAACAGUUUCAAUGACAAGUUCGUGUUUGAGCUUGAUUUCGAACCCUUCAAUGCAACGUUCCCUCGCCCCAGCCGAUCCUCGUCCAUCGGCAAUGGAGUUCAAUUCCUUAACCGUCACCUCUCAUCCAGUAUGUUUCGUAACAAAGACUGCUUGGAGCCUUUGCUCGAUUUUCUUCGAGCACACAAAAAUAAGGGCCAUGCGCUGAUGCUGAAUGAUCGGAUACAGAGCUUAUCAAGACUUCAACAUAAUUUGGCCAAGGCGGAGGAAUACCUCUCUAAGCUCCCGCCUGAUACACCAUACUCUGAUUUUGAGCACAUAUUCCAAGAAUGGGGUUUUGAGAAAGGUUGGGGUGAUAAUGCAACACGCGUCUCUGAGAUGGUUCGUCUUCUAUUGGACAUUCUUCAGGCCCCUGAUCCAUCUACCUUGGAGACGUUUCUUGGGAGGAUUCCAAUGGUAUUCAACGUUGUCAUUGUAUCUCCACACGGUUACUUUGGGCAAGCAAAUGUCUUAGGUUUGCCUGACACUGGUGGGCAGAUUGUUUAUAUAUUGGACCAAGUGCGUGCUUUAGAGAAUGAGAUGCUUUUAAGACUUCAGAGGCAAGGGUUGAAUAAUGUCACUCCUAGAAUUCUGAUUGUGACCCGUUUAAUACCUGAUGCAAAUGGGACAACAUGCAAUCAACGUUUGGAAAGAAUCAGUGGGACAGAAAAUACGCAUAUUUUGCGGGUGCCUUUUAGGACUGAAAAAGGAAUUCUCAGGAAAUGGAUCUCAAGGUUUGACGUGUGGCCAUACCUGGAGAAAUUCACAGAGGAUGCAUCAAGUGAAAUUGCUGCUGAGCUACAGGGUAUUCCAGAUCUGAUCAUAGGCAACUACAGUGAUGGGAAUCUUGUUGCAUCUUUAUUAGCUCAUAGGCUAGGAAUAACACAGUGUACAAUUGCUCAUGCAUUGGAAAAAACAAAAUAUCCAGAUUCUGACAUAUAUUGGAGAAAGUUUGAGGACAAGUACCAUUUCUCAUGCCAAUUUACUGCUGAUCUAAUUGCCAUGAAUCAUGCAGAUUUUAUCAUCACAAGUACAUACCAAGAGAUUGCAGGAACCAAGAAUACUGUUGGGCAGUAUGAGAGCCACGCCUCUUUCACUCUUCCGGGGCUGUACCGAGUUGUCCAUGGCAUUGAUGUUUUUGAUCCGAAGUUCAAUAUUGUCUCUCCAGGAGCAGAUAUGACUAUUUACUUCCCAUACUCAGAUAAAGAAAAGAGACUUACUGCUCUACAUGGUUCAAUUGAAAAGCUCUUAUAUGACCCAGAGCAGAAUGAUGAACACAUUGGUACUUUAAGUGAUCACUCAAAGCCCAUUAUCUUUUCCAUGGCGAGGCUCGAUCAAGUGAAAAACAUAACAGGUCUGGUUGAGUUCUAUGGUAGGAACUCCAGACUAAGGGAACUGGCAAACCUUGUUGUUGUUGCUGGUUACAAUGAUGUGAAGAAGUCCAACGACAGGGAAGAAAUAGAAGAGAUUGAGAAGAUGCAUGGCCUCAUAAAGCAGUACAACUUGGAUGGGCAGUUCCGUUGGUUAUCUGGCCAAACAAAUCGGGCACGCAAUGGUGAGCUCUAUCGUUACAUUGCUGACACAAGAGGUGCUUUUGUCCAGCCUGCUUUUUAUGAAGCUUUUGGGCUUACAGUUGUGGAGGCCAUGACUUGUGGCUUGCCAACAUUUGCCACUUGUCAUGGAGGACCUGCUGAGAUUAUUGAACAUGGUAUCUCAGGCUUCAAUAUUGAUCCUUAUCACCCUGACCAGGCUGCUGCACUUAUGGUUGAUUUCUUUGAACAGUGUAAGAAUGACCCUGACCACUGGAUUAAGAUCUCUGAAGCAGGGCUUCAACGAAUCUGUGAAAGGUAUACAUGGAAUAUCUAUUCUGAAAGGCUAAUGACCCUUGCUGGAGUUUAUGGAUUUUGGAAGUACGUGUCAAAGCUUGAAAGACGGGAGACCCGGAGAUACCUGGAGAUGUUCUACAUUUUAAAGUUUCGGGAUCUGGUAAAAUCUGUUCCACUGGCAGUUGACGAUGAAAACUAGAUGCAGAUUUCUCCAGGAAGGAGUUUUAUGUCACUGAAGAAUAAAGAAAUAUCUGCUAGAUUAAAAUGGAAUUUGAAUAAAGUUUCUGUUGUGUUCAAGUUGAUUCUGGUGGAGUUGACUGGAUCCCAGAUGUUUUCUAGAUGAACAUAUGCAUGCACAUGAUAGAAGAUCAAAAUUCAGCACCUUGUGAAUAUUCAUCAUCAUCAUCAUUCAGUAUCAUCGAAGUCUUGUUUUUAGGGGUUGAUUUCCCAAAUCCUCUUUUCUCCUUCCUCGUCAGUUUAAUGCUGAGUUAUGUACAAUAUUGAAUAAUGUUAAUUGUAAAAGCUAAAAUACUUGUAUCAUAUGGGACAAUGUAAGGUUGUUCACUGUUGCUUUUCAAUUGCUACUCAAAAUGGUUUUUGCGGACAGCAAGGCCAGAAGCCAGUUGUGCAUUCGUGAUAGAAGCUAAUCUCAAGCAGCACCUAGUAAUGUAUUCAUCAGUCAUGGGACAGAAGUUUGGUGCUAUUUUCACAUGCAUAUUUGAAAGGAAUAUGGCCCAGAUGUAGGCCCUCAGCAAACCAUAUUAACUGCCAUAUAUUUCUUGUCAGGGAUUCCAUGUAAUGGCAUUGGAAGGUUUGUUUGAUCCGCAGAGCAGUUCCAUCCAUGUUGGAGUUGGAUACACGAUACUGCACCGCACCUCCUUGGCUGAUUUGUUUUCAAAGUGUCCAAACCUCCAAUGUCCAUAGCUACAGGCUUCUCGUGAAGCCACUAAUCACAAACCAACAAUCUUCUAUUGCUUAAUGCUAAGUGGGCAAUUGUGAAGCAGCAGUGGUGAGAAAUAUUAAUUCUCAAAGCCUUUGGAAAAUUCCAGUUGAACCGAAGGUGGAGCUCUUCUUAUGCAGAGUUUGUCCGGUCUGUUCCAGCACAAAUGAAACUGUUAUGCAUGCUUUAUUUGAAUGUAACUAUGGCAGGGCAGCUUGGUUUGGCAGUAUCUUUGGGUAUAAGUUUGAUUCUUCUGCUGGCCCAGAUUCUUCUUCUGUUUGGAUGCAGAAUGGGUAACAAAAUGUGUGGAUGUUGGCUCUGAGAAACAGGAAUUACUUGUUUAUACUGCUUACAUGCUAUGGCAGAUUUGGUUAGCCAGAAAUAGUAUGAAUUUUGAUGGCACUAAUUGUAAAGCCUCUAUAAUCUUGCGUGUUAAAAGGUUACAGAUGGAACAUUGGAGUUUGUUUCAGCAGGCCUUGACAACUUUUCAGCAGAACGGAUCCAUGGUUAGACCCAGCUUGGUUCUGCCGGAACAAGGGUGAUUCAAAGCUAAUUCUGAUGCGUAUUUUGAUAAGUAAGGUUCUACAUCCUUUGGUGUAGUAAUCAGAAAUGGGAGGGAAGUUUUUUGUGCUGCAAAAUGGGGUGCUGUAGGCUGUAGCUGUGUGUCCCCACUGUUCUAAGAAGCUUUUGCAUUGAAGGAAAGUGUUUUACUUGCAAGACAGGCUGGUCUUUUGACUGUAGUUUUUGAGAGUGACUUCCAACACCUUAUCUCUUGCCUCAAGUCGUCUGAAUCAGAGUGGCCUAAGGAGACUUUUUUUUUUCUGAAAUAUAUAUUAAAGCUGGUUGAAGGUAUAGUGUUCAGGUUUGUGUAAUGAAGCAGCUCACCAAGCAGUGUGGCCUGGGCAGAUCAAGUUCCAGAGUGGUUUUUUGGAUUCCCUCCUACACUUCUUUGUGAUGUUCUCUUUGUUUAGCGUCUGAGAUAGCUCAGUGAACACUUGAUAUCUUUUCUGUUUGCCUUUUUCUUUGUUUGUUUGGUAACUUUUAAUUUGUAUCGUUUGUUUUUCUGCUUUUUCUUGCUUUGGCUUAGAUAGAAUACUAAUAGCAAGAAUAUUGACAUUGAGUAAUGAUUCGAUGAUUAGGUUGAUUGAA